AUGACUGACGAAGAAGGCAAUUCGUCUACGCCACGGCUGGCACCGAACCAGCCCAGCAAUCAGCAGGAGAUCGACUCGAGGUCUGUGUAUCUGGGCAAUGUGGACUAUUCUGCGGUCCCGGGCGACAUCAAGGAGCUGUUGGAUGAUUGUGGGGUCAUCAACAGAAUCACGAUUCUGUACAACAAGCACAGCGGGAUGCCGCGUGGAUACGCGUUUGUGGAGUUUGAGACGCACGAGGCUGUGCAGAAGGCCAUUCAGAUGAACGGCAACGAGUUUCUGGGACGGGCCCUAACAAUCACCCCAAAGAGAACCAAUUUUCCGGGCAUGGCCAAGCGAGGAGGACGGCCGUCCACCGGGCCCCGGCGCGGGAGACCAGGCCGUGGCGGCGGUGUGUAUCGCGGGCGGCCACGGCCGCACGCAGACACCGGUGCCGGUACAAACGAACAUUCAGGAGAGGACACGAAACAGGACUUGCCGUCGGGAGAGCCAAACGAGACUAGUCCAGAGGUAAAGAAAAGGAGCCAGAUUUUCCAGCUGAUUCCUGUUUUAUCGGCCAUUAUGACCAUCUUAUUGAAGUUAGUUCUAAUUCUGUUUCUUGUCUGGUCCAUGUCUCCACCCAGGGCCGAUAAGUUGAGCUUGCUUUUAUUAAUUUCGUCUCCCAUCAUCAAAGACAGGCUUUUCAGUGCUGCUAUUUUUGAUCCGAGGUUCCCCACUGUUUCGUCGUUCUGGGACUCCAAUUGCGACAUUAGCGACGCGUUGUAG